AUGGCUACCACAACUGAGACUGUCACUCUUUCAUACAUCCAAGCGCCGGAGACGUCAGCGUCCUUGGACUGGGCCGAUCUAGUCGCCCUCGACCUUUCUAAAUUCGACCAGCCGGCGGGUAAGCAUGAGCUGGCAGCCGAGCUAUCGACUGCUAUUGAGAAGAUUGGCUUCUUCUAUGUCAUAAACCACGGCCUGAGCAGAGAAGACAUCGAUACACAGUUCGCCCUCGCGUCAUCCGUCCUCGGGCUCUCAGAUGUGGAAAAGACACCCUAUCGAGCGGCACUCGAAGCCGGCGACUACAACGGCUGGAAGCCCGCCGGUACGCGGGAGCUGAUCCCGGGGGUGCGCGACAAUUUUGAGAUUUACAAUAUUCCCAAGUUCAUCCCGGAACACGCCGAUCGACCGCACCCUGAAGUUGUGAAGGAACACUGGGCGACCAUCGAGAGGUUUUCGAGGCAUGUGCAUGACCAUAUUGUCAAGAAGCUGUUGGUCAUCUUUGCCCUGGCGCUAGGACUGGAAGACGAGGAGUGGUUCGUGAAGAAGCAUCGGUAUGAGAAGAGCAGCGGGGACCAUCUCAGGUACAUGAAGUAUUAUGCGAGGAGCGAAGAGGAGAAUGAGAAGCUUGACCGGGUAUGGCUGAAAGGACACUCCGACAUGGGCAGCUUGACCCUCCUCUUCCGCCAACCAGUCGCCGCCCUCCAAGUCCUCACAAACGAGGGCACCUGGAAAUGGGUGCGGCCCCAGACCGACGCCUUGACAGUCAACAUCGCCGACGCACUGCAAUUCCUCACAAACGGCUACCUCAAAUCCAGCAUCCACCGCGUCGUCGCCCCGCCGCGGGACCAAGCACACAUCAACCGCCUGGGCGUGAUCUACAUGGUGCGCAUCGAGGACGACACGGAGCUCGUCCCGAUCAGGGAGUCCCCUGUCCUGCAGCGGCGCGGCCUCGCGGACGGGGCCGUGCUGGGCGCCGACGGGAAGCCUGUCACGGCCGGGGAAUGGGUCCGGGAGCGCAUCAUCAAGAACCUGGGCAGCACGAGCUCGGCGGCCGGCGACAACGCGGUCAACGACCUCGAGGUCAUCAAGGGCGUCAAGAUGAGGUACUUUGACUGA